AUGAAAGUUAACCUAUCGAGAAGGCAAGAGGCACCCCAAAAUAAUGACAACCUUAUCCAAGCUGUAUCAGAAGAAUGGGAGGCAAUAUCAAUAGACUUCAUCAACAACCUCAUAGAAUCUAUGCCAAACCGAUUUCAUGAGGUUUUGUUGAAUCGGCCUUCAAAAUCUCUGGAUACAAAUUUUCGGUUGAAUUGGGCGAGGAAUGAAAAUCUAGUUGAGUUCAACGCCACCAAAACUCAAGCCCGUAUUCUCUACAGAAAAGCGGAACUCACUAUGCUUGAUAUAAUCUCAAAAUCAACUCUGUUCGAAGAAGUCCCACAUACGAGCGGUUCUCAAAAACGGGGAAUACAACGUCCACCUAUCCAGCGUAUCCAGGAAAAACCUUCUCCGAGACAUCUUCACGACUCUGGUGGACUCGAGAUGGAGAUGGACCAUAUCCAUAUUCGCUGCAGGCUUCUUCGGAUCUUGGACUGUCUUCGCCAUAGCUUGGUGGUUCCUGGCACUCGCACAUGGGGACCUGGAAGAACACCACCUUCCCAUGAAUCAGGCCGCUUCCAAUUGGACGCCUUGCAAACCCAGCACACGACAGGCUACGGCGAAAAGAGGCCGACGGAAAAGUGUUCAGACGCCAUUGUACUCAUGUGCAUCCAGAACAUUGUUGGGCUCAUCAUCGAAGCCUUUUUGGUUGGCAUUUUCUUCGCGAAGAUGACCAGACCGAAACUCAGGACUCAAACCAUUAAAUUUUCCAAGCAUGCUGUGAUUUACAUGCGAGAUAACGUUUUGUGCUUAGUGUUUAGAGUAGGUGAUAUGAGGAAGAAAAGUGGGUUGAUUGAAACGAAAAUCAAGGCUAAGCUGAUCAGGGAACGUGAAAGCACAGAAGGAGAGCUGCUCUCGAACCAUCUCUCCAAGCUACCGGUCAGUGUAGACGACUGUGCUGAAGAUUUACUCCUGAUUUGGCCUGUUUCUAUCGUUCACAAGAUCGAUGAAUUUUCUCCGCUUUAUAAGCUGUCGGCUGAUGAUUUGGUGAACGAGAAUUUCGAAAUAGUUGUUACGUUGGAAGGUACAGUCGAGAGUACCGAUCAAAAGACGCAAGCUAGAUCUAGCUAUUUAGCGACACCAAAACAUACGCUGAUGCUCUUAGAUUCCAUCCAGAGAAGAGCCAUUCGCCUGGUGGGUGACGCCACACUCACUCACUCUUUGACAUCAUUGGAACACCGUAGAAAGGUCGGCGACCUUUCACUUUUCUAUCGAUACUUCCACGGGAAAUGUUCUUCGGAAAUCUCUGCUAUCAUCCCUUCACUAGCAAUACCAAUCAGACGAACUAGACAAGCCCAGUCAGCACAUCCUUUCGUUGUCAACCUCGAAAGAUGUCGAACAGCACUUUAUCAAGACUCCUUCAUCCAUAGAACGGCUAGGCUCUGGAAUUCAUUGCCUGUGGAAGUAUUUCCAACAACAUUUAUAAUCUCCAAAAGUUCAAAAAAAAUUCCAAUACCUACCUCCUGUCUCUAUCCUCCCUAG